GAAGUUUUGUUCAACGGGGGCGAUUUCUUCGGUCUCCCAAGCGAUUUCGUGAGGAUACACAUGUCCGUGGACGCGUGCGUGGAGCGGUUCGGCGAGGUCAGCUGCGACAGCGAGAAGCGAUACCGGAGCGAGCGAACUUUCGACAUGGAAACGGGGAAUAACAUGAUCCGCAUGGCCGCGCGUGGAAACGCGACGUCGUUCCCGAUGCCUUGGACGGACAUGUUGGCGCAGUUGAGCGCAGCGGAAGACUUGGCUGCAGAGCGGAAGCCGCCGUCGGUGCCUCACACGGGCGCCGAGCUGGCUGGAAUAGUGUCUGUGAUUAUGAAGUCUGGGGGCGACGAUGAUACGGCCGCAAGCAUGGCCAAGUUUGUGCACCAGGCUCUCGUUCGCAGGCACGUGGUCGUGGCUCUCAUUCAAGGAGCGAAAUCUCGCGGACACCGCGCGCACCGGAAUGUUUGCAUGGACGCAGUCCGGCGGAAAGCCUUGGAGCUUCCUGAUAACGACGUUCCAGCGGAGAUCAUGCGCCUGGUGCCGCUGGAUGACGCGUUGGACAAGAUCCAAAUGCAAAAGGCAGCGACGCCAGUGCCUAGACCCGACGGGCUUCAGGAGGCGGCGGACAUUUUGGACAGCACCAAGGGGAACGCCGUGGUGGUGGAAAAGAGUAGUUUUGACGAGGGAGACGGGCCCAUGAAGGUGCUCUGCUGCCCGGAGGACAUGCGGUGCCACAGCGGCACGACGCACGCCGUGAAUAGUGCAUGCACCGGUUGUGAAGCCCCGUUGUGCGGGGAGUGCGGGAACGCGAUGGCCGGGCCCGACGGAGUAAGGGAGGCGGCAGAUAUUUUGGAGAGCACGAAGACGAACGCCGUGGUAUGUGAGAAGAGCAGCUUCGACGAGGGAGAUAUCAAUGCGCAGCGGAUCGAGGCCGUGCGAACCUUCGUGCAACGGCUGGAUGAGGAGUGCGCGCACGGCGAUGCGAACGGGACGUCGGAUUCCAGCGAAGAAGAGGGUGGCGACGGGACGACGGAACGGGCGCGUAAACGCGUUCGCGCCCGCGAAGGGGCGGGCCCGGGGGCGGAGCAGACGUCGCGGGAGGCGGCGGAGCGCGUCAUGCUGGAGCAGGCGACGACCGAGGGGAAGCGCGUGGACCGCCUUCGCGUGCGCACGGGAAACGUUCUGAUGGAUCAGUUCGAGCCCUGGUACUUUGGCGUCGCGUUCGCGUUUUUGUUCAAGUACUGCACGGGGAUGCCAGAUGGCCCUGAGUUCAUGAAGCGUCCGCGUCAUCGCAGGGGGAAUGGGGCGCCGCGUGUAGAGCUGCCACUGUGGGUGCGGAUUAUGAGUCGUCGCGUCGAGAGCCAGUUGUGUCGCGAUUGGUAUUUCGGGUUCGUGUCGUGGAACCUCGUGUUCCGCUCGGCGGUGAACCUGAGCAGGACGUGGUUCACGUACGUGGCACCGAGCGCCACGGGCGAGUUGGAACAGCUGACGCCUGAGCAGAUCGGCGAAGGCGCCAAACAGAUUUACCGCGCGCUAGACAUGAAGUACGUGGACAUCAACGGCAGAAAGCAGAAUGUCAAGGGCGACAUGACGAAAGAGAGCGGAGACCUGUACGGCUUCUUGCCCCUCGCAGAGGGCAUGCCAGUCGCUCUGACUGAUCACAUCGAUCGCAGCGAGGACAAGAACCUCCUGCGCGGUCGCGUCGGCCGCGUUCAGUCUUGGGUUUGCGACGGGGACGCAGAGCACGAUCAGGUCACGCGGGGAGGUGAGACCAUUCUGAAGAAAACCCCGAAAGUGAUUUUUGUAUUGUUCGACGAAGGCGACGACGGAAAGGGCGGUCGGAAGCCGUGCAAGUGGACGAUCGGGGGAUUGAGGACGCCCGGCUUGUACCCGGUGGUUCCGCAAAAGAAGGAGUGGUUCGUGGACAUAGGUCGUCCGCACCCGCGGCUGAAGGUGAAAAGGCGUCAGUUCCCGCUGGCUCCAGCCUUCGGCGUGACGGCCCAUGCGGCGCAGGGGCAAACUUUUAAGGGGGGUGUCAUAGUGGACCUGAGCAUCGGCGGGGGCACGUCACCUCUGUCGAGCUACGUGGCACUGACGCGGGUGCAGCGCCGUGAGGACAUGCUCAUCUUUCGCCCCUUCGACAUUGCGCCGUAUCAGAAGAAGGACGAACGGAAGGGCCCAGGCUUGUUGCUGCGCACGUUGCGCGGAGAAGACUUGGACUGGGAGGCGAUGGAGCUGGAGUUCAUGCCGUCUGGCAGGUGCGCGGUCUGCGGGUGCACGAAGUACAAGAACAUGUACCCAACGGUCGGGCAGUGGAGCCGCGCAGAUGGGCUCCGCGUGCGCAGCGUGUGCCUGGAAGAUAAGAAGAGGUCCGGCACGCCGUGGCAAUGCAUGGAGUGUGGUCUAUGGAAGUGCCAGGAGGCGUUCCACGCGUCACAGCACCACCCGUUGAAGUUGACCACGCGGCGUUGCGUUGACUGCCCCGAGAGACGGAGUUGCCGCGUGUGCGAGGGUCGGAAGUACGAAGAAGCGUUCGCGCCGUACCAGUGGGACCUUGCAGGGAACAGCCGGUGCAGAGGGGGGAUGUGCAAAGAGUGCGAGGAGCUGAAGAAGCACCUGACGUGUUCCCGCUGCGGCAUGGAGAAGUUGGUGGACGAUUUUGCGAGGAAAGACGUGAAGGCCUGUGUUGUGUGCGAGGUGGCGCAACGGCGUGAUGCCUUUUCGCAAAACAUGUGGAAUGGACUGGCCGAUCGUGACCGCAAAUGCAUGCGCUGCGUCAACGCUGGGGCUGCACAGCGGAACACAUAUGCGAGGAAGGACGUGAGGGCCUGCGUGGUGUGCGAGGUAGCGCAGCGGCGUGAAUACUUUUCGAAUUGGAUGUGGGAGUGCGCAGGAGAUCAGCACCGCAAGUGCAAGCGCUGCAUCGAUGGCGCAAAGCUGGAGCGAGGGAAGUGGAAAUGUGUAGAAUGUAAGGGCGCUUUCGGGAGGGAGCACUACAGCAACUGGUUG